UAUGGCCGACUUACACCGGUUGGUUGGCCUGUUUUGAUUUUUUCUUAAAAUUGGCAGUGUUACUCUUUUAUUACCACAUUGUAAAACGAAACUUAAAGUUGUUAUAAUUAUUUCUGGAACAAUUAAAUAUGGAAGCGCUUAUUCCAGUUAUUAAUAAAUUACAAGACGUUUUUAACACAGUCGGAGCUGAUGCGAUUCAAUUACCUCAAAUAAUAGUUUUAGGAACACAGAGCUCUGGCAAGAGCUCUGUGAUUGAGAGCCUUGUGGGCCGCUCAUUCCUGCCUCGAGGCCCAGGCAUCGUCACCCGGAGACCACUUGUCUUGCAGUUGGUAUACAGCCCAAAAGACAGCAAAGAGCAUCGUUCUGCAGAAGAAGGUACAAUAAACUUAGAAGAAUGGGGCAAAUUUCUUCAUACAAAAGAAAAAGUAUACACGGAUUUCGACACUAUACGACAAGAAAUAGAACGCGAAACGGAUCGUAUGGCUGGUAACAAUAAGGGUAUCUGUCCAGAGCCUAUUAGUCUCAAAAUAUUUUCAACAACAGUCGUCAACCUUACUUUAGUUGAUUUACCCGGAAUCACAAAGAUACCAAUUGGUGAUCAACCAGAAGAUAUUGAGAACCAAAUUCGUAACCUCAUCAUUAAAUACAUUUCCAACCCAAAUUCCAUUAUUCUGGCUGUGACUGCUGCUAACACCGAUAUGGCAACUAGUGAAGCCAUUAAAAUGGCUAAAGAAGUGGAUCCUGAUGGCAGAAGGACUCUGGCUGUGGUCACUAAACUUGACCUUAUGGACGCAGGAACGGAUGCUAUUGACAUACUGUGUGGGCGAGUUAUCCCAGUAAAACUCGGUAUCAUAGGAGUUGUAAACAGAUCUCAACAAGACAUUAUAGACAAGAAAACUAUUUUGGAUGCUCUAAAGGACGAAGCAACCUAUCUUCAAAGGAAGUAUCCAACUAUAGCUACACGAAACGGUACUCCAUACUUGGCUAAAACAUUGAACAGGUUGCUCAUGCAUCAUAUAAGGGAUUGCCUACCGGAAUUAAAGGUGCGAGUGAAUGUAAUGAUAUCCCAGUUCCAAUCAUUACUCAACUCAUAUGGGGAUGACGUGUCGGACAAGUCACAAACUUUACUACAAAUAAUUACUAAGUUCGCUAGUGCGUACUGCUCUACAAUAGAGGGUACUGCAAGGAAUAUAGAAACGACCGAAUUGUGUGGAGGGGCGAGAAUUUGUUAUAUAUUUCAUGAAACAUUCGGUCGUACACUGGACUCAAUUCACCCUCUCGUAGGCUUAACUCGGAUGGAUAUACUAACGGCAAUCCGCAAUGCAACUGGCCCGCGUCCUGCCUUGUUUGUGCCAGAGGUCUCGUUUGAGUUGCUUGUGAAAAGGCAAAUCAGAAGAUUAGAAGAUCCUUCUUUACGCUGCGUUGAACUGGUCCAUGAAGAGAUGCAAAGGAUAGUGCAGCACUGCGGUACUGAAGUACAGCAAGAGAUGCUUCGGUUUCCGCGCCUGCACCAGCGCAUCGUGGAUGUUGUUACACAACUACUCCGCACCAGGCUGCCGGCUACCAACUCUAUGGUGGAGAACUUAGUGGCUGUUGAACUGGCGUAUAUCAACACCAAGCAUCCUGACUUCCACCGCGAGGCAGCUCUCGUCACUGGUCUUCUGAAGAGCACUGAUGGCCUGAUUGAAGAGAGUAGCCCAAUAUUUAGACAGAAAACUCCGCGAGCCACACCCUCACCGGUAUCCACAUUAUUCAAACUAUUUCUACGACAAAUGGGCGAAAGAGGGUCCACUCUAGUAUUCUUGGCAAAUGUAUGGGACUCAUACAAUCAGCAUGUUCCUGCGAUCACAGAUGGGCACGAAAACAAGUCUCCCAAUAACAGUGACUCUCCAGCCACUCCACAGAUGAACGGUACCCCAGAGAGUAAGGUGCUGACUCCUCAAAAGCCUGUGAACCUGCUACCGGAGGUGCCGAGCCACACGUCGCGCAAACUUUCCGAUCGAGAACAGCAUGACUGUGAUGUUAUUGAGCGACUGAUCAAAUCGUACUUCUAUAUCGUGCGCAAGUCAAUCCAAGAUUCAGUACCCAAGGCAGUAAUGCACUUUUUGGUGAAUUACGUAAAGGAUAAUCUCCAGUCUGAACUUGUAACACACCUGUACAAGUCGGAUCAGGCUGAGAGUUUGCUCAACGAGUCCGAACAUAUUGCACAGAGGAGGAAGGAAGCCGCUGACAUGCUCAAGGCUCUGCAACGUGCCGGACAAAUUAUUAGUGAGAUCCGAGAGACACAUAUGUGGUGAUGGCCAUCAAACGAGGACUAGUCUGUGAAUUAGAUAAUUGAGCCAGGAGCUCUGUACAUACUCUUUUAGCGUAGGUAAAUUAUGUGCAUUAGUGCUUAUAUAUUUACACUACAUUGCUACCAUACGUUUGCUUUUACGGGAUAUACAUUCUGCAGCUCUCUGUUGCUAAUUGUUAGUUAGUUUACUUACGGUAAUUCGAGCGUUAAAAUUAUUGUUUAAAAAUAUACCAAAAAUUUCAGUCAAAGCGGAAAACUUAGAAGCAAAUGUAUGGUUUGGCGUGGUUUAACUUUUUUAAGAAGCAUUGCAUGUUUACAGCUUAGCUGUUUUAAAAACUGUUUGUCCUAAAAUUUAGGAAGCUAUUACGGGGAUCUUUAUAUGCAACUAGUACUUAUUUGUUAAUAAUUUGUUGAUACUUAUUAUACUCGAUUGCAAGACAGUGCCAAUUGUUAUUUUGUGGUCAGUUUAAUAUUGUUUCGUCGUAAUAUUGCACAAAUAUUAACUGUAUAACUUCAGUUACCAUUUUAUCAUUGCUUAUUUAUAAGGUGCACAUAAGAUAGGCUAACUUUGAAGUGUACUCAGUGCUAUAUAAUAUUCAUGGAGUGAUAUUAUUAACUCUAUUAAUGUAUUAUGGAUUGUCUGUUGGUAAAUUAUAGUUCAUGAAUUGUAGGUGAUUCUAAAGUAAUAUACAUUUACGGAACGUUCAUAUGUAAACAGGGUUGGUUAUAUUUUAUAUUUAUGUCAAUAUAAGUUUGUAAACUCGAAAGACAUUUUAGAUUUAUUUUAUAUACAGUUCCUCAUUAAUUUUAAACAACGUCGCAUGCUGUGUAACGUUUAAUAUUUUGAGUCAUUAUGUGUCAUUGUCAAUACUUAGUGAUUUAAUUUUAACAUCAAAUAGACAUAGUACCUACUUCAGUGUUGAAAUAAUGUAUUUAUUGUUAUAGUCCGAGGUGUGAUUUGCUUUAUGUAUUGAAAGAAACCAAUUGAAUGUUACAUAUGGUAAGAUUGUAUUUAAGUCUGUUAUAAUUAUAAAAUAUAGAUUAAUUAG